GGCGGCAGCAUCGGAUGGACUCGCGGGUAUCGGAGCUGUUCGGCGGCUGCUGCCGGCCCGGUGGAGGCCCGGCCGUGGGCGGAACCCUUAAGGCGAGGGGGGCCGGCGGCAGCAGCGGCUGCGGGGGCCCGAAGGGGAAGAAGAAGAACGGAAGGAAUAGAGGGGGCAAAGCCAACAACCCUCCGUACCUGCCCCCCGAGGCUGAAGAUGGAAACAUCGAAUAUAAACUGAAGCUGGUGAAUCCAUCCCAGUACCGCUUUGAGCACCUGGUGACACAGAUGAAGUGGCGGCUCCAGGAGGGCCGCGGUGAGGCUGUCUACCAGAUUGGGGUAGAGGACAAUGGGCUGCUGGUGGGGCUGGCCGAGGAGGAGAUGCGGGCAUCCCUCAAGACCCUGCACCGGAUGGCAGAGAAGGUCGGAGCAGACAUCACUGUUCUUCGGGAGCGAGAAGUGGAUUAUGAUAGUGACAUGCCCCGGAAGAUUACUGAGGUGCUGGUACGAAAGGUCCCUGACAACCAACAGUUCCUAGACCUCCGUGUGGCCGUCCUGGGCAAUGUGGACUCGGGGAAGUCGACUCUGCUUGGAGUCCUGACCCAGGGAGAGCUGGACAAUGGGCGGGGCCGGGCUCGACUCAACCUUUUCCGCCACCUGCAUGAGAUUCAGUCUGGCCGAACCUCCAGCAUCAGCUUCGAGAUCCUGGGCUUUAACAGCAAGGGAGAGGUGGUGAAUUACAGUGACUCACGGACGGCAGAAGAGAUCUGUGAAAGCAGCUCCAAGAUGAUCACCUUCAUCGACCUGGCAGGCCACCACAAGUACCUGCACACCACCAUCUUUGGCCUCACCUCAUACUGCCCCGACUGUGCCCUGCUCCUCGUCAGCGCUAACACUGGGAUUGCCGGCACCACAAGGGAACAUCUGGGGCUGGCCCUGGCCCUGAAGGUGCCCUUCUUCAUCGUGGUCAGCAAAGUGGACCUGUGUGCCAAGACCACAGUGGAGAGGACAGUACGACAGCUAGAGCGGGUCCUCAAGCAGCCUGGCUGCCACAAGGUCCCUAUGCUGGUCACCUCCGAGGAUGAUGCUGUCACAGCUGCCCAGCAGUUUGCGCAGUCACCCAAUGUCACUCCUAUCUUCACACUGUCCAGCGUGUCUGGAGAGAGUCUGGACUUGCUCAAAGUCUUUCUGAAUAUCUUGCCACCACUUACCAACAGCAAGGAGCAGGAGGAGCUCAUGCAGCAGCUGACGGAGUUUCAGGUGGAUGAAAUCUACACAGUACCAGAGGUGGGGACCGUUGUUGGAGGGACACUUUCCAGCGGAAUUUGCCGUGAGGGGGACCAGCUGGUGGUAGGCCCCACGGACGAUGGCUGCUUCCUGGAACUGAGAGUAUGCAGCAUCCAGCGCAACCGCUCUGCCUGUCGUGUGCUGCGAGCUGGCCAGGCUGCUACGUUGGCCCUCGGGGACUUUGACCGAGCCCUUCUUCGCAAGGGCAUGGUGAUGGUGAGCCCCGAGAUGAAUCCCACCAUCUGCUCAGUGUUCGAGGCGGAGAUAGUCCUACUGUUCCAUGCCACCACGUUCCGGCGAGGUUUCCAGGUGACUGUACACGUAGGCAACGUACGGCAGACAGCAGUGGUGGAAAAGAUCCAUGCCAAGGAAGAAGCCUUUUAGAACCAUCAAGUGUGGAAAUUCCCAAGUUCAAGGUCCUUGAAAUUUGAGUUUCUAUACUCCCACAUGCCAUCGGUUGUUCCGCCCGAAUGCGGCAAAGGCGGCGAUAGGACUGGUUUACUCUGCCUCUGGAGCCCACCCGUGGGAGCUGAAAUGCACCAGAGGCAGGCAAAGCGGCUGCAGCCGAGCUGCCUUUUUUCCUGGUGUGCUGUGUUCUGCCAUUCCUCUCUGUGAUAGGUCCCACUAGCCAGCGUCACCAAGACCCUACCCCAGCUGGAAAGCUAUACGCCCACUAAUUUUAGAGCAAGACGGGCUACAAGUGUCUUCUGAGAAGACAAGCUGCAAUUAAACUCACCAGCCAGUUUGGAUUCCUGAAGUGUUACAGUGCCUAAUGACAGCAAAUGCGUCACGGCUCAUCUUGUGAGCAUCAUAGUGCGUAAGGGCACAGCAGCGGCGUAGGCUGCUGAGCCGUGUGUCUCCUUGUACACGAAUGCUCACAGCCAACUGCGUGGCCACCCUGUCGUUCUGUGGGUAUAAAAGGAUUGAGACCAGAAAAUUACUGUGAGCAUCUGGGUUCUAUAUAUUGAAUCGAGAGAGAAUUAAAAGAACCAGGGUGACAAUAUGGUUUGGAAAUAGUCAUGUUUAACUUUUAAAAAUGUUUUAUGCUGUUUCUUAGUGUAAGAAGUAAUUGGAGCAGACAGAAUUGAAUGAUGAAAUGUUAGAAUAUCUAGGAUAUUUUGACAGGUGAUAGGAACAGGACAGAAUACAUGAAAAUGGGGACUCUUUUCCUGAAUGUUUUUUUGUGCUAUGCAGGAAGAUUAUAAAAAAUACGUAUUCUGUUUUGUGACUGAGGGAAGGGUUCAUUUAAGUAAUUGUCUGAGAGAAGGAUCUAAGCUAGAAUGUCAAGAUUGAGUAGUAGGUCUAUUAUUUAAUCUGCUGGUGAUGCUCAUGUACUUAAGAAGCACAGAAGUUUCUACUAGCACCUCCUCCUUAUACCCUAUCUAUAGAAGAUACAGUGCAGUGAGCUUGCCUCUAGAAAGCAAGAUCGUUGAUCCAAUUUUCAGUGUAGUCUAAGCAUCCAAAUGAACACUACUGAUGCAAAGCAAACUAAAAAAUAAAGAUCAAGAGGCAGAAAUAAAAGAAGGUGAAAAGUCUACACAGGGAUCCCCUCAGAAUUAGGAGAUGGUGGUAAGAAGAGAUAGCCCUCAGGCAAACAAGCCAACAGCAGCAGCUAUUUUAUUAGGUAAAAAUGUAUUUUGUAUUUUUGUACAUCUUGUAAAUACAGGUCAUAAGAAUUUAUCUUCAGAGAAUAGAAAUAGGCAAUUGACUAAAACCAUACAAAUAUGAACUAAAUACCUGCUAUGGAUCAAGCUACUGUAUAGAGACAUAGGAGAGAACAAAAUGAAGUCCAGGCCCUCAUGGGUCUUAUCUUAUAGUAGGAGCUACAGAAAAUAAACAAGUAGGCAUGUAAUAGAAAUAAGAAAUUUCUGGGGCGCCUGGGUGGCUCAGUCGGU